UUCCUGCCGGAAAGCGGCUCGCGGCUGCGGCAAUUUACGACAUCGGUGGUGACAGGCCCUGGGAACAUCGACUUCCUCUCUUCAGCCGAGCUAAAGCCGACGUGAUGUUCGGGGCCGGAGACGAGGAUGACACCGACUUCCUCUCGCCAAGCGGCGGUGCCAGGCUGGCUUCUCUUUUUGGACUGGAUCAAGCAACUACGGGCCACGGAAAUGAAUUCUUCCAGUACACAGCCCCAAAGCAGCCUAAGAAAGGCCAGGGAAUAGUGGCCACAGGACAUCAGACAGCACCCAAACCAGCAACAACCACCUCAGGCACCUCGUCAGUACUGUUUGCAACUACAGUGCACGCGUACCGAUACAUAAACGGUCAAUACGCAAAGCAGGGCAAAUUCGGAGCUGCUGUCCUGGGGAACCACAAAACCAGAGAGUAUAGGAUUCUUCUUUACAUCAGUCAGCAGCAGCCAGUGACUGCUGCUACAAUUCAUCUGAACUUUGAGCUAAUGGUUCGGUCCAAUAACUACAGCACCUUUUAUGAUGACCAGAGACAAAACUGGUCUAUCAUGUUUGAGUCAGAGAAGGCUGCUGUGGCGUUCAAUAAACAGGUGUGUGUGGCCAAGUGCAAUAGCAGUUCUUCCUUGGAUUCAGUGCUGUGUCAGGACCUGGUUGCAGCAGAGGGUCCUGCUGUAGAUACUGGAGAUUCUUUGGAAGUAGCCUAUACAGGCUGGCUCCUUCAGAAUCAGAUGCUGGGCCAGGUUUUUGACUCUACUGCUAACAAAGAUAAACCUCUUCGCCUGAAAUUAGGAUCAGGAAAAGUUGUCAAGGGCUUAGAGGAUGGACUACUGGGCAUGAAGAAAGGAGGAAAGCGGUUAAUUAUCAUUCCUUCAGCCUGUGCUGCUGGCUCUGAAGGAGUAAUAGGCUGGACUCAGCCAACCGACUCAGUCCUGGUGUUUGAGGUCGAAGUUAGGCGGGUGAAGUUUGCUAGAGAUUCUGGCUCUGAUGCCCACAGUGUGAGCUCCCGGGACUCUGCAGCCCCCUCCCCUGUCCCUGCUGCUGACAGCCUCCCAAGUGACCCUAUCGUGACACCACCCAUAACACUGCCUCUCAAACCCGGAGAGCCGGCUCUUCGUUCCAAAUCUAACUCUCUCAGUGAACAGCUUACUGUAAAUACAAGUCCUGAUACAGUCAAGGCCAAGCUGAUCUCUCGGAUGGCUAAAAUGGGCCAGCCCAUGCUGCCCAUCCUCCCACCACAGCUGGAUUCCAAUGACUCAGAGCCAGAAGAUACAACUGUUGUACACGGAGCUGGGCAGUCCCUGGUGACACCGUCUGUCCAGCCUUCUCUUCAGCCAGCCCAUCCAGUGUUACCACAGAUGGCUACACAGGCACCUCAGCCAUCUGUUUCUGGGUUUCAAACACCCUCUGCUGCCUUGAUACAAGUUGCGCCUAUUGAUUCCCACUCUGCUGCAUCUGGAAAUGCUCAGAACUUCCAGCCCUGUGCAGGUGUGCCAGCCUACACCUAUCCCCAGGCAUGCUCAGUUACCUCACAGCUGCAGCCUGUUCGGCCCCUGUACCCAGCACCACUGUCCCAGGCUCCCCACUUUCAAGGAUCAGGUGACAUGAUGUCCUUUCUCAUGACUGAAGCCCGGCAACACAACACUGAAAUUCGAAUGGCACUCAGCAAAGUGGCUGAUAAAAUGGAUCAUCUCAUGACUAAGGUUGAAGAGUUACAGAAGCAUAGCUCUGGCAAUUCCAUGCUUCUUCCUAACAUGUCAGUCACAAUGGAAACAAGCAUGAUUAUGAGCAACAUCCAGCGAAUCAUUCAGGAAAACGAGAGGCUGAAGCAGGAGCUCCUUGAGAAAAGCAGUCGGAUAGAAGAGCAGAAUGACAAGAUUAGUGAGCUCAUUGAGCGAAACCAGAGGUAUGUUGAGCAGAGUAACCUGAUGUUGGAGAAGAGGAACAACUCACUUCAAACAGCCACAGAAAACACACAGGCAAGAGUAUUGCAUGCUGAACAAGAGAAGGCCAAGGUGACAGAAGAGUUAGCAGCAGCCACUGCACGGGUCUCUCACCUGCAGCUGAAAAUGGCAGCUCACCAGAAGAGGGAGACAGAGCUGCAAGUGCAGCUGACAGACAGCUCGAAAGAGACCGAGCUUCUCAGGGGCCAGGUCACCAGACUCCAGGCCGACCUCUCGGAGCUCCGAGAAGCCUCUGAGCAAACACAGUCCAAAUUCAAAAAUGAAAAGCAGAGCCGGAGACAGCUGGAACUCAAGGUGACCUCCCUGGAGGAAGAAUUGACUGACCUCCGAGCUGAGAAGGAGUCCCUGGAAAAGAGCCUCUCAGAGAGGAAAAAGAAAUCAGCUCAAGAGCGCUUCCAGGCAGAGGAGGAGAUGGAUGAGAUUCGCAAGUCACACCAGGAGGAACUGGACAGACUUCGGCAGCUCUUGAAAAAGGCUCGAGUGUCCACAGACCAAGCGACUGCAGAGCAGCUGUCUCUCGCACAGGCCGAGCUGCAGAGCCAGUGGGAAGCGAAGUGUGAGCAUCUCUUGGCCUCUGCGAAGGAUGAGCACCUGCAGCAGUACCAGGAGGUUUGCGCGCAGAGGGAUGCCCAGCAGCAGAAGCUGUCCCGCCUUCAGGAUGAGUGCUUAGCUCUCCAGGCACAGGUUGCAGCCUUCACUGCACAGAAUGAGCACCUCCAGCAACUGGAGAAGAAUAAGUCCCAGGCACCUGCCGUCAGAGAUGCUGCUGACCCCUCAGAGAAGGUCAAGAAGAUCAUGAACCAGGUGUUCCAGUCAUUGAGGAGAGAGUUUGAGCUGGAGGGAUCUUAUGAUGGCAGGACCAUCCUCAGAACCAUCAUGCAUACAAUCAAGAUGGUGACUCUGCAGCUGUUGAACCAUCAGGAGGAAGAGCAAGGGAAGUGUAGCAGUGAGGAGGAGGAGGAAGAGAAGCCUUCGAGACCUUCCUUGGAGCAGCCAGGUCCCGCCACUCCUGAGCUGUCUCCAGCACCCCUAAGUAGGGAGACGCAGGAGGCUCCCAAGGUGCUGUCAGAACAGGUAGCAGGGGAGACCACCCCACUGCCUCCACAGGAUCUCCCCGUGCCACAGAAUGGUACGCAGACAAGGAAAGAAGAGUCCUCAGAAGGAGAGACACCCUCAGAGAUGAAAGACAGUUCCCUCCCACCUGAACCAACUGGCAUCCCAUCCCACAGAGUCCUGGGGCCCCCGACUUCAAUCCCACCGAAACCUCCAGGACCUGUAUCUGUGGAUUCUGAGUGUGAGGAGUCACUUGCUGAUGGCCAGAGAGCAGUGCAGCCCGGCAACCCAUUGGGAGAAGAACAUGUCAGGGAAGUAGCCCCAGAUGCCCCACUGCAAGGAAACUCCAGGAGAUUGUUACUGACUCCAGACCCUGAGAAGGGGGAGCCACCAGCCUUAGACCCUGAAAGCCCAGAAGAACCUCAGCCUCCUGAGCUCAGAGAAGUUGAGGCUGUCAGUAGCUCUGGCCCCCCUGAGGCAUUGUUGGAUACAGAGCUUGCUUCUGCAGCUUCAGGAGCAUCCUUCAGACACAGCCAGGACUCCCAGAGCUGCAGUCUCUCGGGGGACGAAGAGGCCGAGCUGUUUAAAGGGGCAGCCCUGAAAGUGCCGAGGCCCAAAGUCCAGCCUGAGGAAGAGGAUGAAGACGAGGUGGUAAGGAAACGUCCUCACAGCACCCCCAGGGGGCUCCUUCCCUGCAGGCCCAGAGAAGAGAAAAGGAGUCUGUUGGUGGCCUACUUCCUGGACUCUGUGUACAGGACCCUGCGGGAGUGAGCUUGGGGUCCAGAGUGGGCAGCUCUGUAAGCAGAGUGGGGAUGGCCAGCUGCCACUGUACUCUUAAAAGGGCUCCAUAAUCUCUGUCCCCUGGGGAAUCAGUCCUGUUUGCAGUGAGGGAAGGUGGGAAGGAUUCUGAAGGUCAGCUUGUUGGCGCUCCUUCCUAGACAAAGGUUAGAAGGAUCUUUCACAGGAGGCUGAUGGUAGAUUAGGACUGAGCCCAGGCUUCUCUUGGGUCACUUGUUUCCGAGAACUCCUGCUCACUGAGCCCACUUCCACCCUGCUGAUUGUUUUCUCAGCUCACACCCAGGGCUCAUUGUGGACAGUGUAGUCAAGUGAGGGACACAAAGGGAGCUGGUGACAGAGCCAGGAUUGGAGCCCUGGCUUGGGCAUCUGACGUGUGACCAUUUUGACUCUGUAAUGGGGAUUUCACUGUUAUAAAGUGUGUGUGGAGGAGACAGGGGAGUGUUAGAUUCAGUCUAGGACAGAACUAGGAGGUUGAACAUGGGAAAAGCAUGUUGCCCUUCUGUACCAUCCAUUUGGAGUGAGUUUUGCUUUUUGCCAGAAGGCAGUGACAUCUGGAACCCAACUUAGGUGAAGCAGAGCCUGUCUCUCUUGCCUGGCUGCCUGCCUUCCUGAGAAUUCAGUUUGCAUUUGAGAACACUAACUACAAAUUCUGCAUAGAAAAUGAAGGAAAGAAGAAGAUGAGCAGUGUAUUAAUGCUAUUACUGCCAGUUCUAUCAAGUUAAUAACCUGUUUCUUUGGUAUUCAGAAAAAGACUUCACAUUCUCACUUAGCCUUCUACUAAUAGAUCCCGCGUUAUGUGGUUUGCUUGUCUGGAGCCUCAGGCCUUGCUGUCACUCGACCGAGGCAGACGCAAGGCUGGAAGCUUAAAUCAUGAAAAGAGCAAGAGAACCUCCUACCCGGCUCCUGUGUUAGUCAGCAUUGUUACUGCACAAAAUGCUGGCCACGGGAAGUGUAUAAAGACAGGCUGUAUAGUUCGGCUCAAGGUUUCAGAGGUUUUGGUCCACGAUGGGUUCACCCCACUGUUUUAGGCCUAUGGUAAGCAUGCAUAGAGCGAAAGCACUCUCUUGAUGGUCAGGAAGUGAAAGAGUGAAGGGAGGGCCAUAGUUCCACUGCCCCUCUGAGGGCAGCUCUAAUCACCAGACCUCUUCCUGGGCCCACCGCAGAAGGUCUCCAGCACCUCCACAGCACCACCAUAACCCAGUGUCCUUUGCCUGGGACUCUAGGGUCCUAGGACUCUUUAUCCCAUUAGUCCACUCUCCCAUUAAAGAGAGCAUAGGCCCUGCCUUGGUGAGCUUUCUUUAUCUCUUGGGAUUCUCCACUUGAGAGUUUGGACAUGCCUCCACAUCCACAUCUUUCUGAGUUUCUCCGGCCACCUCAGGCCACAGCCGGCUUUCGAAUGUGUUUGUACUUCUCCGAACCUCUGUCAUCUUAUCUUAUUAUCCUGUCCCAGGCUGCUUUGCUUCCGUUUCUUCUCUUUUCCCAUCUCUCCUUAACGAACCUUCUUUUUUCCACACGAAAUGUGUAAGUUGGCGUAUCUGCCCUGUCAAUACGUGUUUCACAAAUAAAUUACAAAAUCAGCCAAGCAAAAUUGGUCUUUUGUCUCUGUUGAAAGAUGGCUUCCCUCUGUGCCUGCUUGUCUCAGCUUUAUCUGGAUCAGUUCUCUGGCCACAAAGCCUGUCCUUCCAGUUCAUCUCCUUUCCAGCCAGAGGCAGGACAGCUGUUGGACCACUUCCCCUCAUAGGCAGGAGGCCCACUGGGCAGGGAUGUGUGAGGACUGACCUCUCUUUCCUG